AUGCCUGAAACUAUUGUUGUAUUGUUUGAUAAUGGAAUGGCUUCUCAAAACCAAGACUAUCUUCCUAGUAGAUUCAUUGUACAGAAGGAAACAGUAGAAUCUCUGAUAUCUAGGAAGUUUGAGGAUAACCAAGAAAAUACAAUAGGAAUCAUUCCUUUGGUGCAAGUACAAUCCAAUGAUAUAAUUACACCUACAAAGCAGAGAUCACACAUAAAAACCUUUCUUAAUGACAUAAAGUUGAAUAAGGAAGGAGACAUUAUGAGAUGUCUUUCUCAAUCCCUUCACAUCUUCAAUCAGAGAGAUUCUCCUGGAUGUAUACUAGUGGUCUUUCUGGCUUCAGAGCUCCAAGAGUCGGAGAAGGAUGAGCUAUUUGCAAGGAUAUACCAGCUCUUGACAUUUGGCAUUGGAAUCAAAAUGGUUUUUUUCGGAGAAGCAGUAGAAAUGGUAGAAGCCUUCAAAAAGAUCGACUUCACAAACUUUUCUUGCAUAGAGGUUAAAACCAACGAAGAGUUUAUUGACCGGGUUCUACCGUUUAUAAGCGGGAAUGAUCUGGUUGAAGAGGAUGAUCCCGAGUUGGCAGAAGCCAUCCGAUUGUCUCUUGAAGAGCAAAAAAAACAACAAAAGUAA